AUGGCGACAACCGCUCAGUCCACUCAAGGAAGCUCGUCUGUGGCCGCCGCACCAGUCGGAUCCUCGGCCGCCAUUCCGCCUACGGCCAAAGCCACCACCAUCUCUUCCGCCAACCAAGCAGGACCGGCGGGUCUCUGGAACUCGGCUCGGCAGUUCUUCUCGCUCACCGCACCCAAAAUUGGAAAAGGUAAGCUGCGCAAUGCUCUUUUUAAGGGAAAACUUAGGAAAAUAGUGUUUUUUUACAUGAAUAAUGUUUUGUUUGCAGACGGCGACUUCUCGUUCCAGUACCUGACGUCUCCACAACGCGCGAAGCCGGCGGCGACCGUGAAUGCCGACAACUUCUACAUGUACGCGUGCGGAUCGCUGAACAUGCCCUGA